AUGUUCGGAGUCCACGCUUGUGUUCCAGAAGGAGCGGCAGGCGGUGAUCGACCCUCGCCACCGAUAACUGACGAUGAUGUGGUCUAUUUGGCUUCGGCACUGAAUGCUUGUUCGUAUGCUACUGCAACACUGCGGAAGAAGACCGUCACUCUCAUUCCAGGCGAUGGUGUGUGGCCAGAAUUAUUCUUGUCGGUUAGGAACGUCUUUCAAGAGUUCGGAAUUCCAGUGGAAUUUGAAGAGGUGCGACUCAACGGCUUAAGCAGUGUUGCUUCUGACGAUCUCAAUUUCGCCAUACAGUCACUAAACAAGACGAAAGUAGGUUUGAAAGGGAUAAUUCGCACCCCGGUUGGACGACGAGAGGUCAAAACGGUCAAUAUGAUUCUGCGUCGUAUGCUCGAUCUGUACGCCAACGUCGUUCACGUCCGCAGCGUACCGGGAAUUCCAAACAGACACGGUCCUCUCGAUUUCGCGAUUAUCCGUGAGCAACUAGAAGGAGAAUAUUCGUGUUUGGAACACGAAUCUGUACCUGGUGUGGUCGAAUGUCUCAAAAUUAUGACCCGCUAUAACUGCGAACGAAUCGCCAAAUUCGCCUUUGAUUAUGCAGUCCGAAAUAACCGAACGACGGUCACAGCGGUUCACAAGGCAAAUAUAAUGAAACUGGGUGAUGGCCUGUUCUUGGAUACCUGUCAACAAGUGUCCAAGCUUUAUCCACACAUCACUUUCAAAUCAAUGAUCAUCGACAACUGCUGCAUGCAAUUGGCCAGUCGACCGAAACAAUUUGAUGUCUUGGUUAUGCCUAACCUCUAUGGAAACAUAGUAGACAACCUUGCUGCUGGUUUGGUCGGUGGAGCUGGUGUCGUUCCAGGAGUGUCCUACAGCCAUGAAAUUGCUGUGUUUGAACCGGGCACACGGCAUUCUUACGCUGAAGCUUCUGGGCGCGACAUCGCCAAUCCGACUGCAAUUUUGUUGGCAAGUUGCGAUCUUCUGCGUCAUGUCAAUCUGAAUGAACAUGCUGCGAAACUGGAGUCCGCCAUCUACAAGGUUGUCGAAAGUGGACAAGUAUUAACGACUGACGUCGGUGGACGUUCGACCACCUCAGACUUCAUAGAAGCACUUCUGCGGCAGUACAGGGCGGAUGCCAGGUCCAAUCGGGAUCCUACCACUUCAAUUCCCCGGUUGCCGCGAAAGUCGUGAAUGCUGCACCCAGAUUCGGAUUGAACCAGAUUAUUGUCUUUGAUUCUCUCCGGCUUUAUCAACUUCCAUCCCUGUCUAGUCGACAUCGAUCAUUCGGCUUCAUUUCAGCAUGUGAUAAAUACGCAUCCCGGUAUCGUCCGGUAUAUUUUUCAAACGUAUAAGAUGCUUCCACUCCGACUCGUUUGUAACGGUUUUGUUUCCAUCCUCAUUCGAUUAAUACCAUGUUGGAUCUUCGUUCGAUCGUCUUACCCCUCUUCGGGAUGGUGGAUGGUUUCAAUACCUGAUCAAUACUCGCUUACUUAGUCUAGCUCUUGAAACGGUUUGGCGACAUGCACUCUGUCUUCCGGGAAGUACGACAUCCUCCUGUCUCUACAUUAUUGAAUUCAUCAGCGGACAUUUUGUCACUCGUUUCGCCACUGUUUGUGUGUGAACUGUAUGACAAAGUUGUUCCUGUGAAUUACCCUACCAAUCCAUUGAUGUAGACUGCCCUUCAAAAAUUACCGUUUUCGCGAAUGUAGCGCAUUCAUUGUAAACUGUCCUUACUUAGAAAUCUUAUAGCUGUUGAGACAACUGGAUCAAUUAUGGCACCAUCGGAUGCUUGUGCAAUUUUAACAGCCUAGAUAUUGUAUGCUUACGUGGGUCAGCCAAUGAUCAAAGCCAG